AUGAAUGUCUGAUACAGUUGUGCGUAUCAAUGUAAUCGUGGCGAUUCUCCCUGGCUCUCGCUCGUUCUCCGAGUACCCGAUUCCGAUCCCGAUUUCGUCCUUCUUCUAGUAUCGAAAUCAAGAACCAGAGAAGAUUUCUGUACAAUUUGAGAUUCGUAUCGCGGGGUUAUGUUUGCAGGAUGCCGUUCCCCUCUUUGAUUUUGCUCGACCCUUUAAAUGGUUACAUUAGAACAAUGGGUCUCAUCUUCCUGGAUCAGAUAGCACCUUAAGGAUUGCAUCGAAGAAAUAAGGAAGACGUCCGGAGGUGACUUAAGAAGAAGAGCCAUCCCCCUAUUUCUUAGUAGCUUGAAUUCAUGUCUAGAGAGAGAAUCAAAAGAGAAUUACCUCCCGCUCAAGAGCAUAUUGAGAAAUUGCAGAAGGUGGUAGAUGGAGGCAAUUACUAUGGAGCACUGCAGAUGUACAAAUCUAUCAGUGCAAGAUAUGUUUCUGCUCAGAGAUUCUCUGAAGCUCUUGAUAUACUCUUUUCAGGAGCAUGCCUUCAACUAGAGCAUGGCCAGGUGAAUUGUGGGGCAGACCUUGCACUUCUAUUCGUCGAUACCUUAGUUAAGGCCACAACUCCUUGCAACGAUGAAACCCUUGAUCGUAUCAGGUGUAUGUACAAAUUGUUUCCUCGGGUUCAUGUGCCUCCUCACUUGGUAGAUGUAAGCGACGAUGAAUCUGUCCAGAAACUUCAAGAAGCCCUCGGGGAAGCAAGGGCACGCGUGGAAAGUGUAUCUUCAUUCCUGCGAGCUGCUAUAAAGUGGUCCUCGGAGUUUGGAGGUCCAAGUACUGGAGUUCCUGAGCUGCAUGUUAUGCUGGCUGAUUAUCUCUAUACCGAGUCUCCCGAACUUGACAUGGUUCGAAUAUCACGGCACUUUGUUAGAGGGGAGGACCCCACGAAGUUCGCUUCUACGCUGGUCAAUUUUAUGGGAAAGUGCUAUCCCGGUGAAGACGACCUGGCCAUUGCACGAGCAGUUCUCAUGUACUUAGCUCAGGGUAACAUGCGAGAUGCGAAUUUCGUCAUGGACGAAAUCAAGAAGCAAGCAGAGUCAGGGCAGCAUCAUGAGCUACCAGAAUCAGACCUUAUCCAAUUCAUCUCCUACCUUCUGCAGACGUUGCAGAGAGAUGCAUUGCCCCUUUUCAAUAUGUUGAGGACCAAAUUCAAGUCUAGCAUCGAUAGAGAACCACUGCUUAAUGAGUUGCUUGAUGAGAUUGGGGAGAGGUUCUAUGGAGUUCAACGUAGGAAUCCUCUGCAAGGAAUGUUCGGAGACAUCUUCAAGAUGAUGGGAUGAAGGAGAUGACAUGAUUCUACACAUUUUCUUUUCUUUUUAAUUAUCGAAGUUUUUCUUUUGUUGGUGGGUUUUUUCACCCUGACCUUUUACAAUCCUUUUUUUUUAUUAUAUUUAGAGAAUAUUUCACGUCACGACACUUUUCAUCAAUUUAAAUUAUAUUAUCUUGUAUAA